AUGUUAGCAGCCUCUGAGGGACGAAAGGAUAUGUUCGACUUACUUCUGCAAAAUGGAGCUGAUUUGACACAGGAGGAUGACAACAGAUACAAUAUUCUUCACAUGGCCUGUCAGGGAGGGAAUAUGGAUCUAGUUAAGUAUGUCCUUGCCCAGAAUAUCGUGAAAAUCAACAGUCGAUCAGAUGAUGGAUCGUCCCCAGCAAUGGAAGCAGCAUAUGCGCGCCAUGCAGAAGUGCUGAAAUUGCUUGUAAGUGAAGGAGCUGAUCUGACAUUUGUCAAUAGUGAGAAGAAAAAUAUUCUCUGUGCUGCUGUAGAGGGCAAACAUAUGGAUACAGUGAAAUAUGUCCUCUCAAAUGAUUUUGUAGAGAUCGAAAGUAGGAACAUCGAGGGGAUGACAGCAGUUAUGUUAGCAGCAGAGGAGGGACUGGUAGAAAUAUUUGACUUACUUGUGAGGAAAGGAGCCAAUCUGUCAUUAGUGAAUGAUGAUAAACAGAACAUACUACAUAUGGCCUGUGAAGAGGGGCAUAGCGAACUAGUGAAACAUAUCCUCACAGAGAAUGCUGUGAACAUCAAUGACAGAGAAUAUGAAGGUAUGACACCAGUGUUAUUGGCGGCAGAGCACGGAUACCGAGAUAUAACUGAACUGCUGGAGAGUAAAGGAGCUGAUCUGUCAGUAGUGGAUGAUAGCGGUGAGAACAUUCUACAUAAGCUCAGUGUGAGUGGACAAGUGGAUUUAGUGAAUCAUGUCUUGACACAGAAGAGCGUUGAGCAGAACAUCAAUAGAAAAUCUACGAGAGGCAGGACACCAGUAAUGACUGCAGCACGUUGUGGUAACAAGAAAGUGUUUGAUAUACUUGUGAAGAACAGUGCUGAUCUGACGCUAGUAGAUGCCGAGGGCAACUCCAUCCUCCAUUUGGCCUGUGAAGGCGCCGUGGACAUUGUGAAGUACCUCCUGUCCAAUAACAUUGUAAACAUCAACGCUAGAGGACAUUUGAACAGGACACCAGUCCUGAUCGCAGCAGUACGUGGAAACAGAGGAACGUUUGAGCUACUUAUGAAGCAGGGAGCCGAUAUGCUUCUUGUAGAUGAUGAUGGCAACAAUAUCCUUCAUUUGGCUGUUAGGGGAGAACAUGUUGAUCUUGUUAAACAUAUCCUUGAAAAUAGGAUAGUAGAUAUUACCGCACAAAAUAAUCAUGGAUUGAAUGCAAUGGAGAUAGCAAAGGAAAACAGUCCUAAAUCCGUGUAUAAUUUUCUGUUGUCUCAAGGUUUUGGCUUGAAGUAA